CAAUUAAUAAAUCAUCCUUCUUGUCUUCUUUUAUAUUGGUCGGUCUUGUUUUCCGGUUUUGUUAAGAUCUACGAAAGGAAGAAGAAGAAGAUGGAGAGCAGACAAGCGACGAGGAUCUCAAAGAUCAAUGUCUUUGUAUUGGUCGGUCUGAUACUAUUGAAUUCAAUCAAUCAAAUCUCCUCGCUCUCCGUUACGGUCGAGGAAGAUGAAUGCGUCCAAGAGUACGUCCUCUACGAAGGAGACACCGUCUCUGGAAACUUCGUCGUCGUGGACCAUGAUGUCUUCUGGGGACCGGAUCAUACCGGUAUUGAUUUCUCGGUGACGUCACCAGCUGGGAACAUUGUACAGACGUUGAAGGGGACAUCAGGAGAUAAGUUUGAGUUCAAGGCACCGAGAAGUGGGAUGUACAAGUUUUGUUUCCACAACCCUUACUCUGCUCCUGAGACUGUCUCCUUCUACAUUCACGUUGGUCAUAUCCCUAAUGAGCAUGACUUAGCCAAAGACGAACACUUGGACCCGGUGAAUGUUAAGAUAGCUGAGCUGAGAGAGUCUUUGGAAUCUGUUGUUGCUGAGCAGAAGUAUCUUAAAGCACGUGAUACCCGUCACCGUCAUACUAAUGAGAGCACGAGAAAGCGAGUGAUAUUCUACACAGUAGGAGAGUACAUUUUCCUAGCAGCAGCAAGUGGUCUUCAGAUUCUCUACAUCCGUAAGCUCUUCAGCAAGUCUGUUGCGUACAACAGAGUUUGAACAUAGUUGAAACCCCCCGACAUCGUUUUGUCUCCUUUUUUUUUUAAUGUUCUGAAUUGGUAACACACCAUCUUUUGAAAUUGUUAGUUAAUUAAGACCUUAACAUCGAAAGGUUUAUUUAUGUUUUAACAAAGGAGAACUUGAUAUGCUUA